AUGGCAAACCUCAGGCCGCUGCUACCUUGUCCCUCCGAUGGUCGCAACAACGAUCCCUCACCUGUCCCGGUCACCGAACUGGCACCCUCACGACGCACAUCCAGAGUCCCCAUCGCGUGUCAAUCUUGCAAGCUUAAAAAGGUGAGAUGCGAUGGCAUUCGUCCGGCAUGCGGAGUCUGCGAAUCAAAAGGCCGGGCGUGCGCAUAUCGAGUCGAGGUCUCGCGAGUAGACGGCCUGGUGAGACGACAGCAGGCGCUGCAAGACAACGUCGAGUCUUUCGUCACGCUGUACCGUUACUUACAGGACAAAUCUGCCGACGAGGCGAACGGAUUGUUUGAGAAAAUCCGUGAUGGGUUUGGGAUAGAAGCAGCGCUUGAGUUUGUGAAAGAUAAGGAGAAUGACUCGGCGGUUACGUAUCGAGACCCGCCUAGUGCCAGGGUUGAAUGGAGUCAGCAGAUCCACGACUGCAACCUGCUUUUUGAGAGUGAGCUUCUAUCUACAGAGACUUCUGAGGUGGCUGUCCAAGCGCUGCGAGAUGGCAUACAUUGCUACUUUUCGUACCUUGGCACUAUGUUUCCCAUUUACACAAAAAGCGACGUCAGUUCAAUCAUGAGCACAUUCUUAGCAACUCAGCCUGGUCCUCCUCGGGGAGCAGAUCAUCUUUCCGACCGGAGGAUUGCGUAUGGCGAGCUGCUGGCCAUCUGUGCUCUUGGCUUCCAAUACGACAGGCAAACCCUACCGAAUGGGGAUGCAUCCAUAUGUACUCCGUUCUAUCAAAAGGCUCGGUUGUUUCUCGACCACGUCGUCGAGAAAGCGCCUCUGCGUGCCAUGAGAAUAUGCUGCUGUCUGGGGAUUUAUAAUGUCAUAGCCAAGUCAUCUUUAGCCAUAUCCUACACGGACUGGGGAAUUCUUCUGGGUUCUUCCAGCGGACUGAGAUUAGACAAAAAGUCACCGAGUCUCUCAGAGGCAGCAUUCCGGGGAUAUGUGAAGGCUUUUAGAGCACUCAUCACAGUACGAAGCUGGGUAACAGCAACACUUGGACACAUUCCUAGUGCGGAAGUAUCCCGGUGCAUUCAUGAAACAAGAGAGCAGCUGGAUAAUGGCUCUUUGGAUUGCACAAGAGAAAAUGCUGAGACCGACAUGCUUCAACAGAAAAUGGCACAGAUAACAGUCAUCAAAGCCAACAUCCUCCAAACAGUUGCAUCCUUCAGGAUACUGUCACCAGCUAUUGUCAAGCAAAUGCAGAAAGAUCUCGAGCUGUGGCAAUCAGGUCUACCUAUUUACAUGCGUCUCGAUACCUUCUUCCAAUCUCCAGAGAUACAUCCUGAUCAGCGACGCGUCACGUUUUACAUGCACCUUUUCUACAUGUCUGCGAUUAUGCUCAAGGCUAGAGCUUUACUUGCUACUCAAGGGGAGCUGGUGUCUUCCUCUACUAACUUGCAGUCGACUUUUGCGAUUGUUGAAGGCGUUCAGGCGGCUCGUGCAUCUGCAAGGCUUUUAGGACUGAUCCUCGAUGAGCAGGCUGUGGUGAAGAAUUGCUGGUUGACCAUAUACCAAUGUUAUGUUACCUUCCUGACCCUGAACUACACCGCGGUCAAAAGCUUCCUCGUCGGAGGUGCCACUGCAUUUCGGCAACAAGACGUAGUCCUGUCAGGCAAAUGCGUAGAGAUCCUUAAACUGUGCGCCACCAAAGACAGGAUAGCACAUAGCUUUCAUACUCGGAUUACCAGAUACCAAAGCGUCCUUCAAGAGCUUUUACCCCAGCCCACUGAUGCUGGCAUUGAGAGCUUUGGUCUUCUCGGGGGGGAUGUGCCAAACGACUCAUAUCUAUUCGUUGCGACGGAUGGGGACACGAAACUUCACCACUUGAUAAACGAGCUACUGGAGAUGCUAUGCUAUCCAUUAACUCUGCUGAAGGAAAGCAAUGAGAACAGGAUACGAUAUCCCACAAUUGUCGAGGCAUCUGUUAAUGCCGAUAUUAACUUUACUUACCACUUGGCUUCCCCGUUCAAUAUGGCUGAGGACGAGGUCCCCGUGGAUCUCUUCCCGCCUGGCGAUAAGCUUUGGGGGAGUGAUGGCGUCGAGGGGGAGGCUGAGGGGUUUGUAAGUGGCUCUGUGCCUUUCGGGUGGAGUGUCUCGGCAUGGUCUACGGAUCCGGGAGUUGGAAGGCUUCAUGAGACCCAGACUGCUCGGCAAGGGUAA